AUGAUCAAUGUCCCUUUGGUAGUUGGUACUGCAUACGUCAAAUGGCAACUACCAUCAUCGGCGUCUGCCGACCACAAUGGUCAUACGGAAAAAGCCUUGCUUCAUGAUCACAGGGCAUCCUGGGAUUAUGAGAAGCUGAUAGUUGUUAGACUAACGGUUGAUCGGAACCAGAUGUUGCAGGACUGUGAACUUCAGCUUGAUAUCUUCCAAGAGUUUACUGCAGAAAAUCGGGCUGACAGAGUACCACUGGGAAAUAUCAAACUGAAUCUUUCAGAAUACGUGGAUAAAACGGAGAGCGAUGAAGGAAUCACGAGACGAUAUCUAAUGCAGAACAGCAAAAUCAAUGCCACCGUCAAAGUUGGCAUCGCAAUAUCCCAGAUUGAAGGCGACAGCAACUUUACUGCGCCGCCACUUAAACCUGCAACCGUAUUCUCCGGAAUUGCUGGGGUUAUGUCCACUGAGCACGGCGAAAUAAACAAUGAUGGUCACAUCCCCUCAGUCAAUAACAGAGGUCGCGAAUACAGUGAUCUUCAAGACAUGUAUCGCUCUACUUUAGCCGCGGCCUGGGCGACACUCCCUGAUGAACUGCCCCCGGAUCAACUUAUAGAAAACAUAUUUGCUGGCGGGGACGGGUUUCCACAAAACCACUCACGAUAUAAGGCUGAUGAUGAGGAUGAGGUGCAUGAUAAUAACUCGCUGAGUGAUGCAGGAUCACAUCGAACCAUUCGCGAUAGCAAGAAUUCCCCUGACCAUAUUCCGAGGAUCAAAGAUCCCUUUACUGCCCAUUCACGAAGUGAUAGCCGGCACUCUGAUUUUUCCUUUGGAGCGGUAGGCAAGGAAAGGAACGAAACAGGCGCGUUUGAGAGAUCUGGCGGGAAAAGGCGGAAGAGAAAGACUCUUACAGAGUUUGAUUAUAGGGAAGAUCUACGCAGCUGGGAGGUUUCAUGGGCUAAAGAGGAUCCACAACUGUAG